AAGAUUUAUUUGUCUGAAAGAGUUACAGAAAGGGAGAGGGAGAGAGCCAAAGAGCUCCUCCACCGACUGGUUCGCUUGCCAGAGGGCUGCAGCAGCCAGAGCUGGGCUGCAGCUGAGUUGGUCUACAGUCAGGAGCUUCUUCCAGUCUCCCACCUGGGUGUAGGAGCCUACAGACUUGCCCAUCCUCUGCUGUUUUCCCAGGAGUUGUAUGCACUCCUGGGUGCAGCCACUUUGCAGCCUCGCGGAGGACAGCCUGGGCAACAGUGGUCCUGAGCCAGCGCGGCGCCCUGCAGAGGACCUGAGCAGGAGAGCAGGUGGACAGAGCCAGAGUGAGCUUGGAUCUGGGAGGACGGCUUUGGCAGGCAGGAUCAUGGGCCUCCAGCCCCUGAGCCCCAUACAGCUGCUGUGCCUCCUGGGUGCCCUCAAUAUGCUGCCACGGGCCGGAGCUCUCCUGUGCUAUGAAGCGAUGGCCUCCAACUUCAGAGCGGUCACCUUCCACAACUGGAAAUGGCUUCUGUUGAGGAGUAUGGUGUGCAAACUGCGAGAGGGCUGCGAGGAGACACUAAUAUUCAUUGAGACAGGAAGCAAGAGGGGAGUCGUGGGGUUUAAAGGCUGCACCUCAUCCUUGUCCUACCCCGCGCAAACCUCUUACCUCAUUUCGCCGCCUGGCGUGUCGAUCGCCUCCUACAGCCGCGUCUGUCGGACCUAUCUCUGCAACAAUCUCACCAGCCUGGUGCCUUUUGUGAGGCUCAGGGCGAAUAUGCCUAAGUCUUCCGGGCAAUCGGCCCAGCAGUGCCCCACUUGUGUGGGCAGGCAUGAUAAGGAGUGUCUUCCAAACUUUGUUUCCCUCGAGUCCUGCCCCACUGCCGCGUCUGCAUGUUACGGUUCCACCUUAAAAUUUCAAGAAGGCCGCCUCAACACCACCAUCCUCCUAACGGGCUGUGCGCAGAGCCGCCAGCACUUGCUGGGAGAGUUCCACCACAUCGGGAGCAUCCGAGUGACCGAGGGCCUCAACAUCAUGGACAGGUCCCAGGUUGCUGGCGCCAGACCCGCCCCUCGGGGUCCCGCCUGGAGUGUCCUCUUUGGUUUCCUGCUGGCCUGCAAGCACUGACCAGCCAACCCAGACCUCUUCACCUCACCAAAUAAAGUCUCCGAGCUUUUUUUCUA